AUGGCAAGCCAUAAAGUUACUUUCGGUGUCUUGUGUCUGGUCGCCUUGAGCGCCGCCCUUCCGGCCGAGGAGACGCGCGGCCACGCCCGCAACGCCAUCGGCGGCGAGAAUGACAUUAUGGAUAGCAUCUACAGCGACUGUCUGCGCAAGGAUUCCGUCUCGUGCGUCAAGUACAAGCUGUUCAGCUUCGUGGACAAGGUGCUCGGUGCCCGCGACCAGUUCGCCCUUACCGAAGGUGUUACCGUGGUCCGUUCGCCAGACGCUCCCCAACAGGAGGCCGCCCGCUCCAUCUCCGCCGACGAGUCGUUCGAGUCUCUGGCUCUGAAUCGCAUCAGCAGCUUCCUUAACUCGCACACCAUCAAGGUGGAGCUGAAGGGCGCCGACAUUGUGCAGGCUGUUAGCUCCACCGGCCGUGCCCUCGAGGAUGCCUCCGAGUCUCUGUUCGGCUCCAACGACCCCAACGCACCCGAGGAGAGCCGUGGCAAGAAGAAGAAGGCCGCCAAGAUCCUGGGCCCCAUCCUCGCCCUGGUCGCCCUGAAGGCCGCCGCUCUGCUGCCCCUGCUGUUGGGCGCCAUCGCCCUGAUCGCUGGAAAGGCCCUGCUGAUUGGUAAGAUCGCCCUGGUGCUGUCCGCCGUGAUCGGCCUGAAGAAGCUGCUGUCUCAGGAGAAGCACGUGACCUACGAGGUGGUGGCCCACCCACACCACAGCAGCAGCCACUCGACGAGCCACGACUCGUACGGCAGUGGCUACAGCGCUGAUGCUGGAGCCUCAUCGGCCUCCUACGGCAGCAGCGGUCACGGUGGCUGGGGACGCUCCAUCGACGCCCAGGACCUGGCCUAUGGUGCCCAGAAGCCCGUGCAGGCCUAA